GUAAGAAAAAACCCCAAGACUAACCUCGGACAUAGUUGAAUUUUAAGAACUUUUGAACACUAUGUUCCUGAAAAUCGUAGUUUAAUUUCCGUAAAUUAAGAUGCGUAUAUAGGAAUGUAUUACACGGUAGGUUGUAGGCGACUCUGCCUAUUUGACAAGGUCUUGGUCAUCAUGUGCAAAUUUGCAAGGUGGUGACAGCUUGUAGUGCAACAAAUGCUUUGAGAGUUAUUUUGUGGAGGGAAACAAUCAGCACGCAAUCAGCAGCCGACCGAGAAGACAACAGGUUCAAAGCAUCUUAUAAAUCAUCAUGGCUCCACAUCCCAUAAUCCAGGCAAUCAUCGACUUCUCAGCUGGAGCAGCAGGUGGGACAGCUUGUGUGCUGAGCGGCCAGCCAUUUGACACCACAAAGGUGAAGAUGCAGACGUUCCCCACCAUGUACCGCGGCUUCAUCCACUGCUUCAUAUCCACCUUCAGGCAGGUGGGACUCCGUGGUCUCUACAAAGGCACGACCCCGGCCCUCAUUGCCAACAUCAGUGAGAACGCUGUGCUCUUCUUGAGUUAUGGUCUUUGCCAGGAUGCUAUCCGCUUUGUGUCCAGCAUGGAUAAAGGGGCUGAUCUCAGUGAUAUUCAGAAGGCAUCUGCAGGGUCUUUAGCCUCCAUCUUCUCCUCCAUGGUGCUAUGUCCCACCGAGCUGGUGAAAUGUCGCCUGCAGGCCAUGCACGAAAUGGAAGCGUCUGGCAAGAUUGCAAGAGGACAGAGAAGCACAGCGUGGACAGUAGUAAAGACAGUGUUGAAGACAAACGGUCCCCUGGGUUUCUACCAAGGACUAUCAUCCACCAUAGUGAGGGAGAUACCGGGUUACUUCUGCUUUUUUGGGGCAUAUGAACUGUGUCGGUCUAAAUUUGCGCAGUACAAAGGAACUGACAAGGACGGUAUAGGUAUUCUUCCACUCAUGUUCAGCGGUGGAUUUGGAGGAGCUUGUCUGUGGUUGGUGGUCUAUCCCAUAGACUGUGUGAAGUCCAGGAUCCAGGUGUACUCUUUAGCUGGGAGGCAAGAGGGCUUCAUGAAGACUUUCAGGGGUGUCAUACGCACUGAAGGAUUCACUGCUCUGUACUCGGGCCUGACUCCUACCAUGAUACGCACCUUCCCUGCCAAUGGAGCCCUGUUCCUGGCUUACGAACUCAGUCGCAAGUUUAUGAUGGAGACAGCUGGUUACUGACAUGAAGGCUCACUACACCUGAAGAAAGUAUUGUGCUAAAACACUUCCUUGUUCUUGUCCUUGUCUUAAAUUUUUUUUAAUGAGAUUGUGUCUCAGUGUAUCAUUAGAUGUGACCGAUAAUAUAUGAGUAUUGGUGCUGUUGGUAUGGCUGUAUUUGAAUUUCUUGGGAUUUUUUCAAAGCAGUUUAAUUCAUUUAAAAUAAACCUUUCAUGUUAACAUCCA